AAGUACCCCAUAACCCGAUUAAUUUGUAACCAGGCCUAUGAAAGUAGAAGAAAAUACAAGCACCUAUAUAGAGGAGACCAGGCACUGGCAUCACAUCCUCAUCAUUUCACUGCAGCUAGCUACCGACACUCCGACAGCAACAGUACAAUCAAUCAGCUCGUCGACCCCUUCAAUGGCCAAGAUCCAGGCCAUACCUGCAGCCUCAUCAACUCCCUCCUCCUGCUCUCCCUCCGGGGAUGGGUGCCAAAGCCUGCAGAAGCAGGCAGUGUACACGGUGUGGCUGAAGUCACUGGUGUUCAACGGCAACGGCUGCACGGUGUACGGCGCCGAUGGCCGCGUCGCCUUCCGCGUCGACAACUACGGCUGCAAGGGCGGCCGCGAGGUGUUCUUCAUGGACCACGCCGGCAAGACACUCAUCAGAAUCCAAAGAAAGAGCUUUGGGGUGUUCAAGAGAUGGGAAGCUUGCCGGUGUUUGGACGACGGCGAGGGCUUCGGGGAGGAGACGAGGCCGUGGUUCAGAGCGCAGAAGGCCCAGGGCAACGGAGCUGCCGUGACGAUGCACGGCAGCGGGAGGACGUACCGGAUCGACGGGUGCGCGCGCAAAUCGGACUACAAAAUCAGCGGCGCAGACGGCGCGCUAGUUGCGGCGAUCGGGAGGAAGCAGACAGCGUCCGGGGUCGUACUGGGAGAGGAUGUCCUGACGCUGGCAGUGGUGCCGGAGGUGAAUCAUCUGCUCGUGCUGGGAGCUCUAGAGGAAACAAAAGCCAAAGAGGUCACAAGGUGCCAUACAUCGUUUCAAAAAAAAAACAAGGUGCAAUACAAGGAGAUUGGGGAACUAACAUGUUCGCCACCAUACGACCCAAAAGAGGCCUCGACAGACAACUCAGCAACAGAAAAUGAUCAAAAGCAACCGAUGCAGGUGGGCCUAUAGAUGACAUCAACGAAAGGAGGAUCCAGGAGCGACAAUAGAAAUCGAUCGCCCUCCACAUCUGUCCAUGGAAGACAAAAGAAAAUUAAGCCUGCUAAUUAGGUGUAAGUACUUACCUUCGUUAAUCCAUUGUUCGUGCUUGAUUAAAUAUAUAGCGCCAAAUAGAACAAUCUGUACGUUUCGAUCGAUGUUGAAAUCUCAUCGCACAUGUUCCCCGUUGCUUUGAGGGUGGAUCAAAAUUCUGAACUGCAUUGGAAUUAAGAGGCAAGUUUAUGUUUUACGUCCAUGCAGUGUCGUAAGGAGUCUUCAUCUUCUCUGCUUCUCAGGCUCUCAGCAAAUUACCUAUACUUACUACCUAUGAAUAACUGGCCCGAAAUUCAAGUGAAUUCAGUAUUUUAGUUGUCUUAAUCUCAGUAGUUAGUUGAUAUGUAUCUGCACUUAAUUAUUACUAUUCAGGCGACUCUCUCGAUCGAGUAUAAAGAAACUUCAGUAGUAUACCACUAUUCUAUCAUAUCGCAUGACGCGAAUGAGUACAAUUAAGUACCAAUUGGCCCAUUUAGUCUUUUAAUUAGGUCUCCAAAAGAGGUAAAAGAAGAACAUCUGCAUAAGUAUAUAUGAGAGAGACGUCGACGACCUAGCCCACUGGCACCCCAUCCUCAUCGAUCAUCAACUCACUUGAGCAAGCUACGACCAACAGGGGCUGAGCAAGCUACGAUAAGCUUCU